CUUUCUUCUUCUUACUCUUUUUUCAGCGGAGUUUUAUAUUUUGUGCGAAAAAUGCCAAAUUCCAUCCAAAUAACAAAACCAAGGAAAAUAAUGAGGCCAUCGAUCGGAACAUGACGUAAGGCAAAAAGCUAAAUAAAAACCAACAACAACAACCUAGAAAACCAACCACAGAGCCUCCCAUUAAUAAUUAAAACUAACCACAGCAAAAAGGUUGAGAAAAAUUUAAAAAAAAAAAAUUUUUUUAACUUGAAAAGGCGGUUUUCCCGCACUAAUGUAAGCUCAUGCCAAAAGUUAAUCGUAAAUUGUUUAGCGAAAAUGGACGUUAAUUGCGAGGGAUUGAGUAAUAAAGGCGGACAACGCCACAGCUACAGCCACAGCAGCCGCGUGGCCGUGCAAAGGCAACGUUACGACGAUGUGGCACGCUCAGUAAGCCAAACGGUGGCCACUUAUGCGCUACGUAGUCGGCGACGGUCGGCAGCAGCAGCGGCGGCGCAACGCAUGCAAAAUGCUACAGACACCGGCGGAGGAGAACGCCUGAGCGAUCAUCACAGAGCGAAUGGCAGAGGAAUGGAGGCGGCAACAGUAGCGGCAAUCACAUCACAGCAAAUGUCAGCUGCCGAAUUGGCCUUGGCUGAGGAAAGCGCAGCUACGCGGCAAAAUGUGUGCGUCAUUUGUCGUCAGCGAGUGGAGGAAUGUUGCACGCGUUGUUGCAGCACUUUUGCAGCAACAUCGGCAGCCAGCAGCAGCAGCAGCACGCGGAAAGCGCCAGCCAAAUAUGGCCAAAGCUUGCGGAGCAGCUGUUGUCAGCGCGACAGUGGCGUAUGGCAGCAAAUCGUUAGUGCAGCAGCGGUGGAAGUGGCAACACCAACAUGUGCAACAACAGCGUGUGACUGUCAACUUGGUGCGAUCGCAGCUGCUACCGAAGGACGCAAAUGGCAACCAAACGAGUGUGAUUGCGGCGCUCAGCGAGCGGCACUUUUGGCCGAAGACCGCUGCACACCAGCCGAGCAGUAUGCAACAAAGCUGACGAGCUGUGCCACAUCUGCGCCAGAGUCACAGCAGCGGCAGCCGGUAAUGCAACAAUGCACGCAUCCUACUUCUGAAGUGGCAACAACUGCAACUGUGUGUUGCAGCUGUCGACGGCGGACGCAUUGGGCCACGUGCAACGUGCCACAAACACCUAACACAGCUGCAACAGCAUUACACUUUUCAAAAGCAACAACAAAUUCAACAACAAAUACAUCACCAAUGGAGGUUGCAACAACAAGCAUUGAUUUAGAUUUGACAACAGCGUCCGAAUCGCCCGCAUCACCAGCAUCACCAGCACAAUCAUUUGCAACAACAGCAACAGUAUCAGCAACACCACCAACAACAACAUCAACAUCAACAUCAUCAUCAUCAUUACCAGCACUCGCCGCCGGUACAAAAUUCAUCGAGCAACGCCAAAAUAUGCUAACUACAACCAAAACAGCUGUUACGGCAGUGGCAACAGCAACAACAACAACAACAACAACGAGUUUAUAUGCGCCUGCGCCUAGGCCCAUCGACAGAACGUUGCGUACGUUUCAAUUGUUGUUGCUGUGGAUUCAAGUGCAACUUUUACGACCCAUCUGCCAGCGACUCAAUAGUUUUCUACACAAAGAUAACAGCAACAGCAACAGCAACAGCAACAACAACAAACAUACGACGAAUAGUAAUAGUAGCAAUAGCAAUAGAAAUAGUAAUAAUAGUAAUACGAAAACGAAAUCCAAUAAAAGACAACAGAAACAAAAGCAACAACUGCCACUGCCACUGCAGCAGCAGCAGCAGCAGCAGCAGCAGCAACAACAACCACAACAACAACGUCCUCCACUUUUAAGACUGAUGAAACAAAUUCGCUGUAAUUCCUACUACAAUAAUGAUAAUAUUACAAUUAAUAAUAGUAACAAUAAUGCCACAAAUAUAUUUAAUGCAUCACACAAACAAAAACAACAACAACAAUACAUAAACGCCAACAACCAUAGUUCUAGCAAUAGUAAGUUUAGUAAGAAUGAAUGCUCGCAAUUGCAACAUCACAUGCACCACCGCAUAGUACAACAACAACAACAACAACAACAACAACAACAACAGCCACAACAGAUAUUACAACAAGCACAUCACUACAAUUUAAUGCCAUUAACGUCAAUGUCAGCAUCACAUCAGCACAUCAGUUUGCUUGCGCAGCAGCAACAACGAACCCAACAACAACAACAACAACAACAAAAGGAUAUACUAGCGCAACAUCACCUCAAAGCAAGCAAUUGCGCAUCACUUCGAUUGCAAUUGCAACAUUUGCGCUACUUCAAAAUGCCAAAUCUAUCAUUCUUGUAUAUGCUACUGAUUGUCCUAUCGUUCCUAUCGCUCUUUCUGCCAUCGAUAAAUGCACAAACAUCAAAUGCAAUUGCCACAGCUGCUGCCUCAGCAUCGGCCAGAAAUGGCAUCCGCACGUCGCCGUUGGCCCUGGGCCGCAACGAGACUGAGGCAACUUUGUUACGAAUAUUGCACAAAGUGACUGUGGCAAUGGCAAUGGUGGUUGGUGGUUGUGGUGCUGGUAAUAGUGGUCGCGGCGUCAACAUCAACUGUGGCAGCAACAGGUUGCAAGCCAUUCAGCAACCAUGCAAUAUAUGUACGUCGGCUCGUCGUUUGGUCAGCCACAAAGUCCAAUAA